AUGGGAAAAAGGAGAGAACUUGACGAUACAACGAGGCCAGUACGGUCUAAUUCCCGUAAUAAUGAGAAUGCAAGAGACGAGACCGGUCAUUGUCAUGUUAAUAAUGGAAAGACCAACUUUAUAGUGCAAAUUUGGAAGGGAGAGGGGAAAGGCAAAAGAUACAUAGCAGAAAUGGCUGAAAGCAUUGUGACGAUUUUCCUAAUGAAAUUGAGUGAGCUACUCGAAAAAGAAGCCAAUUUUCUCAUUGGAGUCGAUGAGCAAGUCAAGUUGCUUCAGAGCAAACUCGAAUGGAUGCGUUCCUUCCUUAAAGAAGCUGAUGAGAAACGCAAAGAAAAUGCGAGAGUGAAAAUCUGGGUGGACCAAAUAAGAGAUGUUGCUUAUGAUGCCGAUGACGUAAUCGAUACAUUCAUCCUCAAGGUCGAGCGCCACCACCAGCAACAACAUGGCUGGAGAAAAUAUAUAGCUUCCCCCAAGCUAGUAAAACUUCGGCAUGAAUUAAGAAAGAAGAUUGAGGAGAUCAACACAACGGUAGAUAGGAUUUCCGCAAACAAAUCCAAGUAUGGCAUUGAAGGCGUACAACAAGUGGGAGCAUCUUCAAGUUCUUGGCAUGAAGGUCCAUCGUUGAGGGAGAAAAGGGCUCCCAUCGUCGAAGAAGCGGAUGUGGUGGGCUUCAAAGAUGAUGCUAUAACACUCGUGAGGCGGCUGAUCGGUGGAGAGGCUCGGCGAUCGAUUAUUUCAAUUGUCGGUAUGGGAGGGAUAGGUAAAACCACUCUUGCUAAGAAAGUCUACAACAACAGUUAUGUUAAAAGGCAUUUUAAUUUUCAUGGUUGGGUUUAUGUAUCUGAAAAAUACAGAGUGAGAGAACUUCUUCGUGAACUUAUAAAAUCCUUUAAGGUGCUCACAAGAGAGGAGAUUGACACAACAAGUGAAGAAGCUUUACGAAAUAAGCUAUUCGGGUACCUGAGAAACAGGAAAUAUCUUUUGGUGAUUGAUGAUAUAUGGAGCACAGAUGCUUGGGAAGGUCUGGAAGCUGCCUUGCCCCGCAACAAGGCUGUGGCGUUGCAUGCAGAUGCAGAGAGUAUUCCCCACGAACUCCAGUUCUUAAGACAAGAAGAGUGUUGGGAACUGCUAUGUAAGAAGGCAUUCCCAAGAAAUGUUGGUCACAACUGCCCGUCGGAUUUGGAAGAGGUGGGAAAAUCAAUUGUGUCAAAAUGCGGCGGUUUACCAAUCACUAUUGUUGUCUUGGGAGGCCUCUUAUCAAGAAAAGAGAAGUUGCCAAAUGAAUGGGCAAAAGUACUUAAAAGUGUUAGCUGGCAAUUGAGAGAAGGCGAAAAUCAGAUUUCAAGAAUUCUAGCACUGAGUUACAAUGAUUUACCUUAUUACCUGAAAUCAUGCUUUCUCUACUUUGGUGUUUUCCUAGAAGACUCUGAGAUUUCUGCAAUGGUUUUGAUCCGGUUAUGGAUUGCGGAGGGUUUCAUACAACAGAGAGGAGAGGAAACAAUGGAAGAAGUUGCAGAAGAUUACUUACAGGAGUUGAUCCAUAGAAGCUUGAUUCAAGCAGUAGGGAGGAACUCCCGCGGUGGAAUCAAAACCUGCCGCAUCCACGAUCUUCUACGAGAUCUUUCCAUUUCAGAAGCGAGGGAAGACAAAUUUCUUCAUGUCCGUGAUUCGAUUAAUUUACAGUCUUCAUUUAAAGCGCGCCGAAUUGCCAUUCACCAUGGGAUUCAAGAAUGUGUUUCUGAAAGUCACACCAUUCCACGCAUCCGUUCGAUAUUGUGCUUCACACCAGAGAAGGAAGAUCUUGGACUUGGAAAUCUAGGCAGGUUUAAACUGCUUAGGGUGAUGGAUCUCCAAGGUGCUCUAGUAUUAUCCUUACAUGAUGAAAUAGGAAAGCUAAUCAAUUUGAGAUACCUGGGGCUCAGGGGGAACCACUUAAACGAAAUUCCUUCAUCCAUAGGCGGCCUCUUCAAUCUGCAAACCUUGGAUCUAAGAGGUCUAAAAAUCCUCAUCUUACCAAUUACAAUAGAAAAGAUGAAACAAUUGAGACAUCUACAUAUGGGUUAUUUGUCUAAGUUUGCCGGGCAUCCAAGACUCGAAUGCAUGAGCAGCCUCCAAACUCUAUCAAAGCUCAGAGUCAGCAGUUGGGCAAAGGAUAGUUUGGGCAAGUUAGUUAAUCUUACAAAGCUGGGAAUAUUCGGCGAUUUCAGUCAGCCUGGUUUCUUGGACUCUAUUAGGGGAUUGGAACAUCUCCAGUCACUGCGGGUGAAGGAGUGGCAAGGAGGCCGAAUCGGGUCAUUGGUACCAUUAUCGUCUCACAUUCAUCUUUAUAACUUGCAUUUGGAUGGAAGAAUUGCAAGGCUUCCAGACUUAUGUGAACUCCCACCAAACCUCACAAAGUUGUCUCUGAGGCUUUGCGAAUUGAGGCAAGAUCCGUUUCCAACGCUGGAGAAGCUAAGAAGCCUUCGGAUUCUUAGGUUGCGUAUCGAUUCAUUCGUGGGGAAGGAAAUGGUUUGCUCCAUGGGAGGGUUUCUCCUACUCGAAAGCUUGGAACUCAAGGGCUUGGGUGAACUGCAGGAGUGGAAAGUGGAGGAAGGAGCGGUCACGAGCCUAAAACGGUUAGAGAUUAAUAGUUGUGGACAGUUGAAGAUGCUUCCAGAAGGAUUGCGCCAUGUGAGUAGCCUCAGAGAAUUGGAGCUGGUCAAUAUGCCCCGGCGAUUCUUACUCAAGCUUCGGGAGAGCGAUGGAGAUGAUUGGUAUAAAAUCCAACACAUACCUUCUGUCAUCACAAAAUGA